AUGACUCACCCAUAUUUUUGGUCACCUUCAAAACGUCUUGGAUUUCUUCAAGAUGCUUCGGAUCGAUUUGAAGUUGAAGAAAGAGAUCCACCAUCCUCAUUACUUCAACGAUUAGAACAAAAUGCUGUUCAUAUAAUAAGUCCUGAUUGGUAUAAACGAAUUGAUAAGAUUUUGGUAGAAAAUUUAGGAAAAUAUAGAAAAUAUGAUGGAUCUCGAAUUAGGGAUUUAUUAAGAGCACUCAGAAAUAAGAAACACCAUUACCAGGAUUUACCUGAAAAUGUUAAACGAUCUUUGGGUGAAAUACCUGAAGGAUUUUUGUUUUAUUUUACUUCGAGAUUUCCAAAAUUAAUGUUACAUGUAUAUUAUCUUAUUGCGGAAUCUGAAUCACUAAGAAAUGAGAGCAUAUUUAAGCAUUAUUUUGAAAUUCCUGGUGAAAAUUAA